AGGCUUUAAAAAUCUCUGCCCCAGGAACGAUAGUCAGCAAACCAAUGAAGUUGUUGACCAUUUGAACAUAUGCCGGGAUCACUUUGUACAAAGGAAUCACAACCCCUAAUGGCGCAAUCAGACCUGAAGGUUGAGAACACCGACAAGGACGCAGAGGCCGUCGUACAGACCGUCCAAACCACCAGGUUGCAAAGAACCAAAGCCUGCUUCCUAAAGGGGGUCUCCUACUUUGCUGGAGACAUGCCAGUUUUUGCCAAAUGGAUGGAAAAACAGUGUUUCUUGCUCCAAAUACUGGACUGGGUUCUGCGUGGAGCUGCCCAGGUUAUGUUUGUUAACAAUCCACUGAGUGGCCUGAUUAUCUUUGCUGGCCUCAUCCUACAGAACUACUGGUGGGCACUCAACGGCUUUGUGGGCACUCUCUUUGCCACCAUCUCAGCCCUCAUUCUGCAACAGAGCAGGGGUGCAGUAGCUGCAGGACUGUAUGGAUACAACGGUAUCUUGGUGGGCUUGUUGAUGGCUGUCUUCUCCAAUGCAGGAAAUUGGUACUGGUGGCUCCUGCUGCCCAACAUCUUCAUGUCCAUGAUGUGCCCAAUUGUGUCCAGCGCUUUAGCAUCCAUUAACAGUCGCUGGGAUCUCCCAGUGUUCACGCUGCCCUUCAACAUCCUGGUGUGCCUCCACAUGGUGGCCACAGGUCACUACAAUCACCAUUUCCCCCAAGUCCUCAUCCAACCCCGUUCAGAGCUGCCCAACAUCACCUGGGCGGACAUUGACGUUGCUAAGUUGUUCAUGUCCGUACCUGUCGGGAUAGGCCAGGUCUACGGCUGUGACAACCCCUGGACAGGAGGCAUCUUCAUCAUCUCCCUCUUUAUCUCCUCCCCCAUCACAUGCGCUCACGCUGUGCUAGGUUCCACAAUCGGCAUGCUUUCAGGACUCGCUUUGGCAGCUCCCUUUGGUGACAUUUAUUUUGGCCUAUGGGGAUACAACUGUGUGCUGGCAUGCAUUGCCAUCGGCGGAAUGUUUUAUGCUCUCACUUGGCAGGUGCACUUGCUUGCAAUUACGUGUGGGUUUUUCUGUGCAUACCUGGGCUCUGCCAUUGCCAACAUCAUGUCUGCGUUUGGUCUGCCAGCUUGCACGUGGCCCUUCUGUCUCUCUGCACUCACUUUUCUCCUCAUCACCACGGAGACCAAUAAGAUCUUUAAGCUGCCGCUGGCCAAAGUCACGUAUCCUGAGAAAAAUCUCUGUUUCUUCUGGAAGAUGAAGAAACAAAAGAAGAAGGAGAAGAUGGAGGAAGAAAGGAAAACGAAAGAGGAGCAGAAGACAAUUGAAGAUGAGGCGAUAUUCAAAGAGAAAGAACAGCUUAGGCUUGAGCUUAUAACAUUGCAAGAGGCCCAAAAGACACAAAUGGACACAAUCGAAGCACAGAGCGAGCAAUGGGACACUAGUGAAGAACAAAACACACAAAACUACCAGACAGAAGAAAUUCUCACACAUUAUGUUUAAAAUGAUAAAUCGUUUUGCAGAGAGAAACAAAGAAAUUAUAAGAGUAUGAAAACAUUCUCUUUCAUUGUUUUUCAGUACAGUCAUCCCUCAUUUAUCACUGUUAGUUGCAGACACGAAUGAGAUAGUGAAUUUAGGAUUCAGUAUUAAUAAAUGGACCGUUUUCAUAGUUAGAACAUAGAAAACCAGUCCAGGGUGUGCCCCGCCUCUCGCCCAAAGUCAGCUUGGAUAGGCUCCAGCAUACCCGCCACCCUAGUGAGGAUAAGCGGCAUAGAAAAUGGAUGAAUGGAACAUAGAAAACCUGUUUGUCACCUUCUAAAUGCAUUUUUAACAUUAGAAGAGCCCCAAAAUAACAACCUUUUACAAUUAUAGGGCUUUAAUAUAAUCAGAUGUAAUGGGACAAUUAACACAAAAUGUACAUGUUGGUUCAGACAGUUAGAUUAAAUAGAGGUUGCUGUCAUUGUUUUUUCCACUGAAAUGUGCGCGACACUCUAAAAAACCUGCGUGUGAGGUUUUCGUGACGUGUGUGCACUAUGCGCCUGUCAGCCAAUUUACCACUGCGCAGGCUGAGGUUUUCCUGUGGAAUAAAUUAAGAUAGACCAUUUUUACAGGAAGCCUGAAAUCAAAAGUAAUACCGCUGAAUAGGUGCAGGUUCUGAAAUAUCUAGAGAGCUUUUUGUGUGGGUUAUCGUGUGUAGCUGCUCUAUAGGAGUCCACAACUCAAUAAUAAAGGGCAGAAAAAUUAGCAUAAUAGGUCCCCUUUAAUCACACUGAAAAUUCGAGACACAUACAAAAAAUGGCAAUAUUUUUUUUUUCCAAAUGUUUCACUUAAAACUUAUUUACUCAAAAGUGCAAAUCAAGCAUUUAUAUUAAAAAAGUAAAUAAACUGGAAGAUAAUUCAAUAUGUAAAUUGGUUGAAUGACCCCUAAAUGAAGAACAUCUACAUAUCAGAAACAGCAACAGUCCAGAUCCACUGUAACUGGAGAAUACCCAGAGGCAUAUAAUAUGCUUAUCUACAACCAUGCACUUGUAGUUACAAUGGAGUCUUUGAGCAUUCAUUGUAUUAUACAACCAAUUAUGUUGAUUUUAAAGUGAGGUGCAUCAAAUUCAAUUACGGCUUUAGGGAAAUGUUGACGUUUUACUGCAUUUGAUGUCAUGACAUAUUAAUGUUGUAUUCAUGUAAUGUGUUUUUGUGAUUGGCGGCAGAGCACGCCUAACGGUAAGACUGUAGAACUGCCGUUGUUUAGAACUGCAGAAUUUCAUUCUACUACUUAAAAUUUGUAAUAAAUUAUUUCUCUGAGAAAUUGAGAA